AUGGAUGAUUAUUUGAAUAUUCCAUCUGAAGAUUCUUCGUUAUACUCAUCCACUGAUACCGAAGAUGAUUAUGAAUCUGAUACACGUUACCAAAUUGAUAGUGAUGACUAUGAAUCAGAUACACAUUAUUGGAGUUCUAAACCAGAAUUCCAUGACAAUUUCAUUUCAUCCAUAAUGAAAGUAAAACGUUUUAUUUGGCUUAUGGGCCACAUCCAUAUAAAUGACAAUAUCUUAGAACCAUCAAGAAAUGAUGAAAAUUAUGAUAAAUUAUACAAAAUAAGACCAUUCAUUGAUAAUAUCCGUUCCUCCUGCUUGAAAUAUUUUCUUCCCUCGGAAUAUCAAGCAAUUGACGAAGGAAUGAUUAGGUUCAAAGGCCGUAUAGGAUUCAGGCAAUAUAUGCCUAAGAAACCUACUAAACGCGGUUUCAAGGUAUGGAUGAGGUGUGAUAAUUCAGGAUAUAUGAAUGAUUUUAAUAUCUAUACUGGGAAAAAUAAAGAGGCUGAAAGUAAUCUAGGUUAUAAUAUUGUAACAAAGUUUUGCGAAGGACUUCAAAAUCAUAAAAUAUUUUUCGAUAAUUAUUUUACGAGUUAUACUCUAUUAUCCGAUUUAAAAAAGAAAGGUAUAUAUGCUACCGGAACAUUAAACAAAAAUAGGAGAUAUUUGCUCAUAAAGAAUAUGGAAACAAAAUUAACAAGAGGUGAGUUUGACUGGAGAAGUGACAAAAAUAUAAGUAUAAUUAAAUGGCGAGAUAAUCGGGAUGUAUUUAUAAUGUCCAAUUAUAUUGAUCCAAGAUCAGUGGAUACUGUGAAGAGGAAAAAUAAAAAAGGGGAAGUAUUUGACGUAAAAUGUCCAAUGAUGAUAAAGAUAUAUGAUAAAUUUAUGGGGUCUGUUGACCAUUUCGACCAUUUAAAGUCUUUAUAUAAAAUCUCGCGAAAGUGGCGAAAAUGGUGGCUGCCAAUAUUCUUUUGGCUGAUUGAUGCGGCAAUUAUCAAUUCAUUCAUAAUCUACAAUAUUCUUACAGAUAAUAAACUCUCAUUGAAAGAAUUCCGAAGACAAAUAAUUGCUAGCGAAUUGGCACACUGUAAAAAUGUUGAUAGGGAUGAUAAUAUUGAGAAUGAUAAUAAUUAUACAUCAAUGCAAAGAAAAAAUAAUAAGCCUUAUAUCCUUCCAGAAAUUAGACUAAAAAACUCAGCUCAUCAACCUCAGACAGGAACCUCCAGAAGGUGUGCCCACUGUAGUACAAAGUUAAAUCCCAGAAGAACAAGGUGGUCGUGCAAAAUGCAACCUACCACUAUGUCUAAUUAA